AUGCAAAAGCGAACAGCCUCAACAGAUAUGCUAAGUCGAAAUAUUUCUAUACUAUUGGAAAAUCUACUCAAAAGUUAUGAGCAAUCUCAGUUGCCAACACAUGGACAAGGCAUACCAACGGUCGUACAAACGAAUAUUUUGAUACGCAGCAUGGGUCCAGUGUCUGAACUCGAUAUGGAUUAUUCAAUGGAUUGUUAUUUUCGACAAUACUGGAAGGACAAACGUUUGAGUUUUCAGGGACCUAUCAAAAGCCUUUCGUUGAGCAUUAAGAUGUUGGAUAAAAUCUGGAGACCAGAUACAUAUUUCUAUAAUGGCAAGCACUCUCAUAUCCACACGAUUACGGUGCCCAAUAAACUCUUGCGUUUAGAUCAGGAUGGUGGCAUUUUAUAUUCAAUGAGACUAACCAUCAAGGCCACAUGCCCCAUGGAAUUGAAAAACUUCCCCAUGGAUCGCCAAUCUUGCCCUUUAAUUUUUGGCAGUUAUGGAUACACCAGCCGCCAAUUGGUCUACGAAUGGAGAGGCGGCGAUGAAGCGGUCUCAUUUGUACCAGGCAUGACUCUCAAUCAAUUCGAUUUGAUUAGUAUGAGGAGCCGCAAUCUAACCUACGCAAGAAGGGAGGGUGAUUUUUCAACACUUCAUGUUGCCUUCAAUUUAAAGAGACAUACAGGAUAUUUUCUGAUACAGGUCUAUGUCCCAUGUAUAUUGAUUGUUGUCCUAUCAUGGGUAUCGUUUUGGAUACACCGUGAAGCGACGAGUGAUCGUGUUGGUUUGUGUGUUACAGCGGUCCUAACCCUCUCCACCAUUAGCUUGGAUUCGCGUACCGAUUUACCAAAAGUCAAAUACGCCACUGCCCUAGAUUGGUUCCUACUGAUGAGUUUCUUGUAUUGUAUAGCAACGUUACUGGAAUUUGCCGGUGUUCAUUAUUUCACCAAGGUGGGAAGUGGUGAAAUACCCACAAUCAGCGAAGAUGAAUGGGAGGACAUUGAAGAUGAAGAAAUUGAUGAUGACGAUAUUGAUCAUGAAAUAGAAUUACCAUCAAUGAGGGAGAGCAGCGAAUCGUUGGCCACUGACAUUUGUCAAACUCAACCGGGUGGUUUUCGUAAACGCAAUGCCAUGAUCUGUCCAAUAUAUAACGAUCCGACUCAUAUUUUUCAAUGCCCCUCGUCGCAUGCAUCAACCAUGGAGCGGACGACACAAACUGAACCUCCCGUCAUUUCGAAGGGCAAACAAAUGUGGCUCUGUUUCAUCGGCGAUGUGAAAUUUCGCAAGCAACGAGAACGAGAAGCUGCGGUACAAAAAGGAAUGCGUUAUGUAAACAGUGUAUCCUUAAUUGAUCGCAUUUCUCGAAUUGCCUUUCCCAUGUCUUUUGCUUUAUUCAACUUGCUCUAUUGGGUUGCCUAUGGCAUGUUCAAAAAGGAUUUUACAUGGCCCAAGGGAUAA